AGACUGCUAAAUUUUUUGUGUCUUUCUUGUUUUUUCUUGUGUCCAUUUUCUAAUGAGAUUCGGAAUUGGCACUGUUUUACUUACAAUCAGUUGUUGUAUUAUUGCUGUGUCUUAUUUAGUUGUUUAUUUUUUCAUAAUAUAUAUACAAAGCCACGGGUAGUACUUGAAUAUCUCUUUUGUCUAAAACCAGUCAUUUUGGGAAUAUUUGUCAUAAUGUAAUCGUCCGUCACACGUAAAUAACUCGUGACGUUCCUUUUUGUCGGUGUUUGUGGAAACGCGCACUCCUCCAUCGACUUUCGAGGACUGAGGAGUGAACGGGCGAAGAUCGUGCAUUGUUUUCAGUUUUUGUUCGCGCCCAUGCCGCAUCGCCGUUCCGUGUUAUCGGCACGAUGAGCGGUUGCACUCCCGCACCGAAGUAAAAACGUUAAUUUUGUAUUUUUAUUAAAAACAUAUAGUGCUAGUGCAGUGAAAAUGGCUCGUCUCACGGAGGAAAUGGUGAUCGCUCGUUCGAAACAGUCAGAUUUGUCGGCGAUAAAGAAACUCAACUGCUGGGGCGCGGAACUCGGCGACGUCAGUCUACUGCGGAGGAUGCCCAACGUCGAGGUGUUGGCUCUCAGUAUAAACAAGAUCCGUACACUGGGCGACUUCGCGGCGUGCCGGCGCCUGCGCGAGCUCUACGUGCGCAAGAACGAGAUCCGGGAUCUGAGGGAGAUCAGGCAUCUGCGGCGGUUGCCGGAUUUGACCAGUUUGUGGCUCGACGAAAACCCUUGCACCACACACCCACAAUACAGAAUGACUGUGCUCCGAAAUUUGCCGAAUCUCGAAAAAUUAGAUAAUGUAGCCGUCCACCCAGAAGAAGUACAAGAAGCGAUGCGUCGCGGCUCUCUUAUCCCGGACUCUGAUGACGAGGGGUACCCACAACAGCAGGAGCAGCAGUCGUACAGCCAGUACCGGCGCCAGCGGUCGUGCGACUCCAGCCCGGAGCGCGAGGCCGACGGCUUCUACAAGCACGAGGGCUCCGACAGCUCCGAGCCCGAGCCCGCGCCCGCGCCCGCGCCGCUCGACGCUCAGCCGUGUCCCCUGUCCCCCACCCGCCGCGGCGGCCCGGCGGGCGGCGGGGCGGGGGCGGGGCUAGGGGCGGGGCUAGGGGCGGGGUCGGGGGCGGGGGGAGGGGUGGGGGCCGGCUCCCCCGACACCGACGAGAGGUACAGCCAUCCUGCAAUGACAAGCUCACAUUACGAACCCCGGCCGCCGCGGUCGCCCGACGCCGCGCUGCGACACUCCUUCUCCGCGCAGAGCGUUAAGGAGUACGCGUACUCGUCCAACGGCGAGUGUCGCGGCGGCGAGCGGGGCGGGGAGCGCGGGGUGUGCUCCCCGCCCUACCACGACCUCUACUGCGACAGGAGCGAGCGAUCUGAGCCGUACCAGCAAAUGCCGCAGCGCGAGUGGAACAACAACAGCGCGGGCGAGCGAGACAGAGAUAGGGAGUACCCCUCGGCCGUCAUGGCGGAGCACCGGGGCUUCACCAGGAGGCCCGUGGCCAGGAAUUCGAACCUGCUGUCGGCGGUGCUGUGCCUGGUGAAGGAGCUGGACUACCCCAGCCUGGAGGUCGCCGAGAUGGCUGUCAGAUGUCGCAUGGACGAGCUAGCCAAUAGCCAGUGACAGCCGCUCGCUGACGUCAUCACACGCGCUUCGUCCGUACUCUAAUAUAUAAAUAAAUAAACUUUUUUGUAAAUUGCCCGUGGUCUGGUAAAAUGCGUGAUAGCAAUCGGAAGCGAUCUAACGUCUGUUUGAAGGGAAGACAUUUUUCUAAAACUAGUUGCAAAUAAUAAAUGCAUUCGUUUAAUGUUUUGAAGUGAAUUGUUUAUUUAUAUAUUUGAUCCAUAUCUUGACUUCUCAAAUAUAUAAAUAAACAAAUGUACUUAAAAACGUUAAACAAAUGUCUUAUUUGCAACUUGUUUUAGCUGUCUUAACAGCUAAUAAUGAGUUUGUGUAUUUGUAUCAUUGUUUGAGGUUUCCGUAGUCGAAGUAACACACAGUUUCGUCAGUUCCACCGUUUUAACAUAAAAAAAUUACAACAUGUCUUUGUUGCCCAUAAAAAAUAACAAUAAUAGUAAAACAAAACUUUUUGCUAAUAAUAUCAGUUGAACAGAUAUUUUAUCGCUUCUAAUUACUAUCGUAAACAAAAAAAAUGUUAAAUUAUAAAUUCACGCCCAUUUAAAAACGGAAAGUCAAGACUAAAGAAAAAUUAUCUGAAUCCAAUAAGAUAACAUUACAAUGUGUGAAAUGAAAUAAAAAUUGUAACAGACUGCCAGUCAAUGAUUCCCGACGGGCGAGGUGGAAGUUGCCUGUAGGGUUGGGGAUUAUAAAUAAACAAUCUAUUUCUAAUUUGUUUGGAUGUUUGAAUACAUUUACAAAUUCUUGGCAUGUCUUUUUAUAAUAAAUAUUUCUACAAAUAGUUACUUUUUUAUUUCAGAAAUUAUAAUUUAUUUAUUUCUGAAAAUAAUCUUGUAUUAAAUGUACGAAUUUUGUGAACAAGUUUUUUUCACUAACAUUCGUCAGGUACAAUAAAAACGAACUACAAUAAUAAUUAAAAGUAAUAAAAAUAUACAAUAAAAAUGAAAAAACUCUUCAGAAGAAUUUUUUCAUGUCAUUGUUAUUUUCAAAAAUAAGUUGAAAAGCAUGUGUGACACGUGCAACAAAUCCAUUUCAAUAUUAUGCAUAUUAUAAAAAAAAUUAAUGCAAAAAAAAUUGAUUUUCAAAGUCUAUAUUUAUAUGAAAAGACAUGACAAGAUGUUUACCCUUUUUUAAGUACCUAAACAAACGGAGUGUACAUUACAUAUAAAUAUGAACUUAACCGGCGUCCGACAAGAACCUUAGAUAACCCAGCGGAAUUAUUCAUUAUUGUCAACCAAUAUGAAGUUUAAUAUACCGAUAUUAAGUUUGUAUUAUUUCAAUUAUAAACUUUUUUAUUUAAAAGAAGACAAAUCUUAUACAAUUAAAUUCGUAUUACGUCUGCAACAAGCUGACUGUCUAUUAUUCAAUGAAUAACUGUAAAGCAACAUUGUUAUUGAUUGCUGAAACAGACUUCAGAGAUCAUUUUGUGUAAAAUGAAAUACUUAAAACUUAUUUUUUAAUUUGUGAUACUCAUUUUGUGGAGUCGACGGCGAAAGUGACUUUGAAAAGAAUAUUAAAGAGUUAGUUUUUAUGAUAUUUUUUUAAUUAUUGUCUAUAGCAAGUCGGGAUUGAAAGAUGCAAUUUUGAAGAAUUAUUUAAAAGUAACUUUUCUCGUUUACUGUAUUACGGUUUUUGCAGUUUUAUUUUGUACAUACAGGUUUAAAUGUCCCCCUGCUAAAGAAAAUAUAUUUCUGUUUGAUCCAAAAAAUGUCAAAGACUAAUACAUACUAUAUACUUCCCACCCAGCGUCGGUUGGAUUUGAUCCAUAUUGUAUGUACCUACAUAUGAGUUGUAAAAUGUAUGUAAAUCUUCGUGCUUCGUGCUAUCGCUGUACUGUCACUAUAGAUACUAAAAUCUGCUCCUAUUUUUCGAGUGUGCAACACUGGUGUCAGAUUUUACUCAAGUCGCCUAAAGGCACCUGACAGCUGUGGCAAUUGACACAUUUUGAUGUUUAUAUGAAUAAUGAAUCUUUCAAAACCCUAUUUUAUUUUGUAUUCAUUAUUAAAACAUUUUUUUUUACGUUAUUGUCAUUUGUUGUCUCUAUCAUCUCAAUAAUAUAAAAAAGGACGGCUAUAGCACGAAGCGCGGGGAGGGAUUACAUAAUGUACUAGAAACUAGAACAGAUAAAUAAACAACUUGCCGAAACUA